AUCACUGGUUUAAUGUUUUUUUGUAAAAUCAGAAGUUGGUCUGCAUGUUUUGGAGUAAGGAGGGGAAAAAACGAAAUGCUCCGCUGUGUUGUUAACGUUCUGUCUUCAGUUUGCACAGCAGCCGACUUUCUUCACUUCUCCAGUUGGUUGAAGUUUUGUAAAGUGCUGCAGUGUGGUCAGUUUCAUGGUGCGGUUGGGUGCUUUGCUAACAUUAGUCUCUGGGUGAUAGGGUACAAAGUAUUCAGAAAAUAAUUCACCUUUUCCUGAAGACUGAAUAAUUAAGUCAAUACAUUUAAAAAGCUUGUCUAUUUUGAAGAUGAACAACAAAGUAAUUCUAGUAUGAACAUGUUUCACAUUCAGUGAGGUCUGCUUCUCUUUCAACUUUCUACUGUACAGAGCUGAACAAGUUAGCAAAAAUGGAAAUCAAUUUGCUCUGAAGCAAACAUUACAGGACAGGAGAGGCAGAUAUAAUGAAUAGAUAAAUGCACAUGAUGCACCCUUUACUGUAUAUGAGCACGAUGAUACAUUUCCAACAUGUGUUAGCAAAGUAUUACAAUGUUCAGUUUUGCAUGUUUUACUUUUCUUUUUUCUUUGCAGUGAAAGAUGGCUGCCAGACACCAUUUAAUCAAACUGCGUAUGAAACAGCUAAAACCACCAUCACAUGUGAUUACCCUAACGAAUACAACUCCAGUGUCAAGUUUAUCUGCAAAGACAACAAUGAAAUCUGUGAGGAGAUUUUAUCAACACAAUCUUCUGUAAAGUCAAACGGGACUUUCACUCUCACAGACACCAACAGUGGCUUCAACAUGUCCAUCAGUAAUGUGAGCUCACAGCAUGCUGGUGUCUACUGGUGUGGAGUCAAAUCAAAUGAAGGAAGUUACAGAGCUUCACUCGGAAAAAUACAACUGCAGGUUAAAAAUAUUACAAUCUUCAAAAGAUCCCCAACUAUUGGACAAACGUUCACAUACCAGUGUGAGUACCCACAAGGUGCUCCCAUUAAGAAAUUCAUCUGUAAGGGAGAAGAUCCAUCUAUAUGUCAAUAUCUAUGGAGCACCUCAAAGAAAAAGACUGUAAAGUUUUCAGUGGAGGAUGAAAGAGAGAGGAGAAAUAUCACCAUAACUGUGGUAGACAUAACAACAGACGACACCGGGACAUACUGGUGUGGAGCAGAAAACACUGGCAAAAAACGCAGUAAAACAUUCUUCAACAGACUGGAGAUGACUGUAGCAGCACCACCUGGAUCUGUGAAUCAUGGAGACUUUCACGUAAUAAUGAUCAUCUGUGGAGCUGUGCUGCUGCUGCUGCUGCUGCUUGUGAUAAUUGUGAUCUUCAUCUACAAACGAUUUUCAUGUUCAAAACCCACAAGGAAUGGAGCAGCAGCACAGCACAUCAGAGAGGAUAACGUCUAUGAGGAGGUACAGGAGCGCCUCCAGGAGACAGGCUCAGGAAAUGCAGUGGAGACGAUUUAUGCCACUGCCAACUUUCCCACAAACUCCCCUGCCUCGAUGUAUUACUCCACCAUCAUCUUUCAAAGCAGCACUGACAAAGCUAAUGGUGAGGUGCUGAUCCCCAGACCCAGCUCCUCUGCCUGUGAAUAUUCUACUGUGAGGAACAGUCAAGGUCCAAACUCUACUGUCUAUAAACCAUCAAAGACUUCAGAGGAUCCUCUCUUACUGACAGUCAACAAGACACAACAGCAAUGAGGACGACCCAGGCAGGAAUUUAUUAAAUUUACAAAAUAAAUGAUAAAGAUUAAUUUUUGAUGGUUUGUGGUUGUUAACAAUGAAGCCCAACUCAGACUGUAGGAAUUAACACCCCAAGAUAUUCAGUUUCUGGGCCCAGUCAACUUAAAAACAGGAUUCACUUCCACAUUGUUUGAGUCGCCAAAGUUUGGUGACAGGACUGAUUUGUAGAGACUAGAUGAGUCCUUAUGCUCAACUGUGAGACAGUUUAAAUCAACAAUAGAGUCCAAUUCAGACAGACCGUUUGGUAUUGUUGUAUAUUGUUGUUGUAUAUAUUGUUGUAUAUAGUAGCCGAUAAGUAACAAGGAACUGCAGUACAGAAGUGUCAAAUAUAAUAUAUAUGUCUGAGGUAAUUCAGUUUGUCCACCAAAGAGCACUGACAACUAGAGCUGCAACAAUUAGUUGAUUGAUCAAUUCGUUGAUUGGAAGAAAAUUAAUCUGCAAAUUUUUUGAUAAUUGAUUAAUCAUUUUAGUCAUUAUUCAGUCAAAAGUGCCAAAUCUUUGGUUCCAGCUCCUCAAUUGUGACAAUUCACUGUUUUUCUUUGCCAUACAGGCCAGUAAAUUGAAUAUUUAACAUUUUAGACAAAAAUUGAAGGCAAAUUGAAGAUAUCACUGUGGGCUCUGAGAAAUUGUGAAUGCCAUUUUCUCACUUUUUUUUUUACUUUCCAUUGACUAAGUUAUUAAUCGAUUAAUACAGAAAAUAAUCUGCAGAUUAAGCGAUAAUGAAAAUAGUUGUUAGUUGCAGCCCACUGACAACUGUAAAAUGUUCCACUUAGUACAAAGCUUGUUAACAAUGAUUUACUCUUUAUGAUGUUUUUAUGUUAUGCAUUUAUGUUUAAGAACAAAUAUUAUAUGAUAAAUCAUUUUCACAGUUCUAAAAUAUUAGUAUUAGCUUCAGAACUCCCGUUUUGUUUUGGCAUCCUUUGUAUUCCUGCUGCACUGGUGCCAUUUUUGACUAAUUGUUUUUCCAGCUCCAUCGAUUAGGAAUAAAAUUCAAGAGCCUGUCCUAGCUCAGUUACAGUAGCCUGAAGUGUAGAUUUCGGUUUGUCUUGAAUAAUAAAUCAAAAGGUUGAAGAAGUAGCUGCUACCACUGACUCAGCAAUUACUUGUUUGUAGUUUAUGUGUGUAGUUUAGUUGAUUGAUAAAUUUUGCUCCAAAUACCAAACAAAAAUGUGUUAAAGCCAAAUUAAUCUGUUCUUCUAUGGUACCACUUCAUUAAAUGACUAUAUGAGUUCUUCAUAUUGAUGAAUCCACAAAGACUUAUUAUCCAGCUCUGCUGCUUUAUGGAACUUUUCAGCCUCUUUUAGCUUGCUGUGUGUCUGCUGCUGUGCAGGUUUUUGUGCUGUUAAGAUAACACCUUUAUAAAGUCACAGGUGCGAGUGUAAGACAUUGUUCAAUAUUCACUAUAUGUGUUUGUAGUGUUGUUCAAAAGUCUAGUAAGAAUUAUUAGAACCUAUAUUGUGGACUGAAAAUAAGCCAAAAAGUGGUGUAUAAUCACUAACUAACAGCUAUCUACAACCAUGCACUGCAAAAACAGAGAAUGAACUUGUUUUCUUCUUUUUCCUCGUUGCCAAAAAUUGAUUGUAAUGUGAUAUUAAAAAGCACCAAACAUUGCUGGUUGUUGUGACUCUUAAUUUCUAAACCACUGAAAAAAACAAUCCCACAUUGCUGUUGAAGAGAAAUGUUUAUUUAUCACAUGUUGUUUGUGGCAGUAAAUUUAAAUAAGUCAGACUAUGGCAGGCAUUAUAUUAUUCUGUUUGUCACUUUAAAUUACUGUUACUGUUAAUUACUGUUUAAUUACACAUCAAUGGUAAACUGAGUAAUGUCAUUAGAAAAAGCU